CGGAGUGUAGAUCUGGGAAAGGGAAGGGGCUUGCCGGUAGCUACAAUAGUUAGUUUAUAAACAUCAAUUUGAAAGCACAUUGAGUAGCAAGACACGGUUGUCACUGGGAAACCGCCAUCGGACGUGUUCCGGUCACCAUUGGGUGCCAGGAGAGUCUUGGUGGCGUUUCAGAGGUGUUCCUUCUUACAAAGCGGCGUGCCGGGGGAGGACGCGUCUCUUUGAAUAGACAGGAUGCACGGACCGCCUUCAAGCGACAGCGCAUGCCCAUUGCGCCUCAUCAAGAGAGUGCAAUUCGGCGUCCUCAGCCCUGAUGAAAUUAAACGGAUGUCCGUUACUGAAGGGGGUAUCAAAUACCCCGAGACCACGGAAGGAGGACGCCCAAAACUGGGUGGACUCAUGGACCCUCGACAAGGGGUAAUUGAAAGAUCAGGCAGAUGCCAGACGUGUGCAGGUAACAUGACUGAAUGCCCUGGUCAUUUUGGUCACAUUGAGCUGGCUAAGCCAGUCUUUCAUGUUGGCUUCAUUACAAAAAUUAUGAAGGUCCUCCGCUGUGUCUGUUUCUUCUGUUCUAAGCUGCUUGUGGAUUCGAACAAUCCAAAAAUCAAAGACAUUCUGACCAAGUCAAAGGGGCAGCCAAGAAAGCGUUUGACCCACGUCUAUGACCUCUGUAAAGGCAAAAACAUUUGUGAGGGUGGAGAGGAGAUGGACAACAAGUUUGGAGUGGAGCAACAGGAGACUGAAGAAGACAUUUCCAAAGAGAAGGGUCACGGAGGCUGUGGCAGGUAUCAGCCACGUAUCCGUCGCUCUGGCCUGGAGCUGUUUGCUGAGUGGAAGCAUGUAAAUGAGGACUCUCAAGAGAAGAAGAUUCUCCUCAGCCCUGAACGCGUGCACGAGAUCUUCAAACGCAUUUCAGAUGAGGAGGAUGUGAUCUUGGGCAUGGACCCCAAAUACGCUCGACCGGAGUGGUUGAUUGUCACUGUUUUGCCUGUGCCGCCUCUUGCAGUGAGACCGGCUGUGGUGAUGCAAGGUUCUGCUAGAAACCAGGAUGACUUGACACAUAAGUUGGCUGACAUUGUGAAAAUCAAUAACCAGCUAAGGCGAAAUGAACAGAGUGGAGCCGCAGCUCAUGUUAUAGCAGAGGAUGUCAAGCUGCUUCAGUUUCAUGUGGCCACCAUGAUUGACAAUGAACUUCCUGGUCUACCAAGAGCCAUGCAAAAGUCAGGACGCCCACUGAAAUCCUUGAAGCAGAGGCUUAAGGGUAAGGAAGGACGUGUCCGAGGUAAUCUGAUGGGCAAGCGUGUGGACUUCUCUGCCCGAACUGUCAUCACACCCGACCCCAACCUGCAGAUUGACCAGGUGGGAGUUCCCCGCUCCAUAGCUGCCAACAUGACCUUCCCAGAGAUCGUCACACCCUUUAACAUUGACAGACUUCAAGAACUUGUCAGGAGAGGUAACAGCCAGUACCCUGGAGCAAAAUAUAUCAUCCGUGAUAAUGGUGACAGAAUCGACCUGCGAUUCCACCCUAAACCAAGUGAUCUUCACCUUCAGAUAGGAUACAAAGUUGAGCGGCACAUGUGUGAUGGGGACAUUAUUGUAUUCAACAGACAGCCAACGCUGCACAAAAUGUCUAUGAUGGGACACAGAGUGCGAAUCUUGCCUUGGUCUACAUUUCGAAUGAACCUUAGUGUGACCACCCCAUACAAUGCUGACUUUGAUGGUGAUGAGAUGAACUUGCACUUGCCGCAGUCUCUGGAGACUCGAGCUGAGAUCCAGGAACUGGCCAUGGUGCCUCGUAUGAUUGUCACACCACAGUCUAACCGACCCGUCAUGGGAAUCGUGCAGGACACACUCACAGCUGUGCGCAAGUUCACAAAAAGAGAUGUGUUCUUAGAAAGGGGUGAGGUGAUGAACCUUCUGAUGUUUCUCUCCACAUGGGAUGGUAAAAUGCCACAGCCAGCAAUCUUGAAGCCUCGUCCUCUCUGGACGGGCAAACAGAUAUUCAGCCUGAUCAUUCCUGGACACAUUAAUGCCAUACGCACACACAGCACUCACCCCGAUGAAGAGGACAGUGGCCCUUAUAAACACAUCUCCCCUGGAGACACCAAGGUUAUUGUGGAGAACGGGGAGCUGAUCAUGGGGAUCCUGUGCAAGAAGUCUCUGGGAACUUCAGCCGGCUCGCUGGUCCAUAUCUCAUACCUUGAGAUGGGCCACGACAUCACAAGACUUUUCUAUUCCAACAUCCAGACUGUUGUCAACAACUGGCUUCUCAUUGAAGGUCACUCUAUCGGUAUUGGAGAUUCCAUUGCUGAUAAGGCGACGUAUCAGGACAUUCAAAACACUAUCAAGAAAGCCAAACAAGAUGUCAUAGAGGUUAUUGAGAAAGCCCACAAUAAUGAGCUGGAGCCCACUCCAGGUAACACUCUGAGACAGACCUUUGAGAACCAGGUCAACCGCAUUCUGAACGAUGCUCGUGACAAAACUGGAUCCUCUGCCCAGAAAUCGCUGUCAGAGUACAACAAUUUCAAAUCCAUGGUGGUUGCUGGUUCCAAAGGGUCGAAAAUUAACAUUUCACAGGUUAUUGCUGUGGUGGGGCAGCAGAACGUUGAGGGUAAGCGAAUCCCUUUUGGUUUCAAGCAUCGCACUUUGCCUCACUUCAUCAAAGAUGACUACGGACCAGAGAGUAGAGGCUUCGUGGAGAACUCCUAUUUGGCCGGUCUCACACCAACAGAGUUCUUCUUUCAUGCCAUGGGUGGCAGAGAGGGUUUGAUCGACACAGCUGUCAAAACUGCUGAGACAGGUUACAUUCAGCGUCGUCUGAUCAAGUCUAUGGAGUCUGUGAUGGUCAAGUAUGAUGCUACAGUCAGAAACUCCAUAAACCAGGUUGUCCAGCUAAGAUAUGGAGAGGAUGGGCUGGCAGGAGAGUCUGUGGAGUUCCAAAAUAUGGCCACCCUAAAGCCAUCCAACAAAGCAUUUGAGAAGAAGUUCAGGUUUGAAUGCAGCAAUGAUCGAGCUCUCCGUCGCACUCUGCAGGAGGAUGUGGUGAAAGACGUGAUGACCAAUGCUCACGUCCAGAGUGCACUAGAAAGGGAGUUUGAGAAGAUGAAGGAAGACCGAGAGAUCCUGAGGGCCAUUUUCCCCACAGGAGACAGCAAGGUGGUAUUGCCUUGCAAUCUCGCUAGAAUGAUUUGGAACGCUCAGAAGAUUUUCCGCAUCAAUCCUCGAACACCAACUGACCUAAACCCUGUUCGAGUUGUGGAUGGAGUUAAGGAGCUGAGUAAGAAGCUUGUCAUCGUGAAUGGUGAAGACAUGUUAAGCAGGCAAGCCCAGGAGAAUGCCACUCUACUCUUUAAUAUCCACCUGCGCUCCACCCUCUGUUCUAAGAGAAUGACCGAUGAGUUCCGUCUUAGCACAGAGGCCUUCGAUUGGCUGCUGGGAGAAAUUGAGACCAAAUUUAACCAAUCUAUCGCUCACCCCGGUGAGAUGGUGGGUGCCCUGGCUGCUCAGUCCUUGGGAGAGCCUGCCACUCAGAUGACCCUGAACACAUUCCAUUAUGCCGGCGUGUCUGCCAAAAACGUCACUCUCGGUGUGCCUCGUCUCAAAGAGCUGAUCAACAUCUCCAAGCGUCCCAAGACACCCUCUCUGACAGUGUUUCUCCUGGGCCAAGCGGCCCGUGAUGCAGAGAGGGCAAAAGAUAUCCUGUGUCGUCUGGAGCACACAACCCUGCGCAAGGUCACUGCCAACACAGCCAUUUAUUACGACCCCAAUCCUCAGAACACUGUUGUGACAGAGGAUCAGGAGUGGGUGAACGUGUACUAUGAGAUGCCCGACUUUGACGUGACCCGCAUUUCACCCUGGUUGCUGCGCAUUGAACUUGACCGCAAACACAUGACUGACCGUAAGCUCACUAUGGAGCAGAUCGCUGAGAAGAUCAAUGCAGGUUUUGGUGAUGACCUGAACUGCAUCUUCAAUGAUGACAAUGCGGAGAAACUGGUGCUGCGAAUUCGAAUCAUGAAUAGCGAUGAAAACAAAUUCCAAGAGGAUGAGGAGGUGGUGGAUAAGAUGGAUGACGAUGUCUUCCUUCGCUGUAUUGAAUCCAACAUGCUGACGGACAUGACUUUGCAAGGGAUUGAGCAGAUCAGCAAGGUAUACAUGCAUCUUCCACAGACGGACAACAAGAAGAAAAUCAUCAUCACAGAGGAUGGAGAGUUUAAGGCUCUCCAGGAGUGGAUUUUGGAAACUGAUGGUGUGAGCCUCAUGAGGGUCCUCAGUGAGAAGGAUGUGGAUCCUGUCAGGACCACCUCCAAUGACAUUGUGGAGAUUUUCACUGUCCUUGGUAUUGAAGCAGUGCGUAAGGCUCUGGAGAGAGAGUUGUAUCAUGUCAUCUCUUUCGAUGGUUCUUACGUCAACUACCGCCAUCUGGCCUUGCUGUGUGACACAAUGACCUGCAGGGGGCAUCUUAUGGCCAUUACUCGUCAUGGCAUCAACAGACAGGACACCGGACCACUAAUGAAGUGCUCAUUUGAAGAGACGGUGGACGUUUUGAUGGAAGCUUCAUCUCAUGGUGAAAGUGACCCAAUGAAAGGAGUAUCUGAGAACAUCAUGCUGGGACAGCUUGCUCCUGCAGGCACUGGCUGCUUUGACCUGUUGUUGGAUGCUGAGAAGUGCAAGUAUGGCAUGGAGAUCCCUACCAACAUCCCUGGUAUCAGUGUUGCUGGACCCACGGGUAUGUUCUUUGGCUCCGCCCCCAGCCCUAUGAGUGGCAUGUCUCCAGCCAUGACUCCCUGGAACACAGGAGCCACUCCUGCAUAUGGUGCUUGGUCACCCAGUGUUGGAAGUGGAAUGACACCUGGUGCAGCAGGCUUCUCUCCUAGUGCUGCAUCUGAUGCCAGUGGUUUUUCUCCUGGAUACUCCCCAGCCUGGUCACCUACUCCUGGCUCUCCUGGGUCACCUGGACCGGCCAGUCCUUACAUCCCCUCACCAGGAGCCUUGUCUCCCAACUACUCUCCAACUUCUCCUGCAUACGAGCCUCGUUCUCCAGGGGGUUACACCCCACAGAGCCCUGGCUACUCACCAACCUCGCCGUCAUACUCUCCGACGUCUCCAUCAUACUCUCCCACAAGCCCGAACUACAGCCCCACAUCUCCGUCCUACUCUCCCACGUCACCUUCUUACUCCCCCACAUCCCCGUCUUAUUCGCCAACGUCUCCGAGCUACUCUCCAACCUCGCCCUCUUAUUCCCCAACUUCACCAUCUUACUCUCCAACCUCGCCAUCGUACUCUCCCACGUCUCCCAGCUAUAGCCCAACAUCACCAAGCUACAGUCCAACCUCCCCCAGCUACAGCCCAACAUCCCCAUCCUAUUCUCCAACCUCUCCAUCUUACUCUCCAACUUCGCCAUCAUACUCGCCUACCUCUCCCAGCUACUCUCCAACCUCUCCGUCUUACUCCCCAACGUCUCCGAGCUACAGCCCUACUUCGCCCAAUUACACGCCCACAUCACCCAGUUACUCCCCGACCUCUCCGUCGUACAGCCCCACCUCGCCGUCCUACUCACCCACCUCUCCAAAUUACACACCGACCAGCCCAAAUUACUCACCCACAUCUCCUUCAUACUCACCCACCUCCCCGUCCUACUCUCCCUCCAGUCCACGCUUCACCCCACAGUCUCCCACCUACACCCCAAGUUCACCUUCUUACAGCCCAAGCUCCCCAUCGUAUUCUCCCACGUCUCCCAAAUACACCCCCACGUCUCCUUCCUACAGUCCAAGCUCGCCCGAGUACACCCCGACAUCCCCCAAAUAUUCCCCCACUUCCCCGAAGUAUUCUCCCACUUCGCCGAAAUACAGCCCCACCUCUCCAACCUACUCCCCAACCACACCCAAGUACAGUCCCACCUCCCCCACUUACUCCCCAACGUCUCCCACCUACACCCCAACCAGCCCCAAAUAUUCCCCCACCUCCCCGACCUAUUCUCCAACUUCUCCAAAAUACUCGCCAACAUCCCCUACCUACUCUCCAACUAGCCCUAAGGGCUCCACCUACAGCCCCACUUCUCCUGGCUACAGCCCCACCUCUCCAACCUACAGCCCGGCCAUCAGUCCAGAUGACAGCGAUGAGGAAAAUAACUAAAGAUGAUUGGUUCGGGGGUUUGUUCCACUUCCCUGAUCGGCACUCUGGCCCUGGGAAAAUGACUGAAGGAAAGCAACUCAGCUGGAGGAGUUGUGUUUUACAGGGAAGGCCGAGAAAAAUGGGCUCCUACAUGUGAUGUCUUGUUUUCCCCUCUUUCUUUGGAUUUGGACUUUUCUUGAAGAGCCUCACUAAACAGGCAAUUUUUCAGUGGUUUGUGUUUAUUGCAUCAUAGGUUUGAACUAAAAGCCGGACAAGGCUGCCUUUUGUGUAGAUUGUUUUUGUUGUUUCAAAUUUGGGGGAAGAUUACUGAGCAGUAACUCAAAAUGAGUGGAAAUAUGCAGGAGACUGACUGUUUUUGGAGGGAAAUGAGCAUUCAAAUUCCUCUUUCCAUUCGUUUCUGUCUCCCUCUCCUUAAUUCAGUGUUGGAUGUAAAGGAAAUCAAAGAUCUUGAAGUAUUGCCAAAAGCCUUUAAAUGGAAAACAGUGGAUUAUCUAAAAGUUUCAAAAUGAAACCUUGAAAAACUUCUAUAGCUUAAAUAGAAAGGAUCAAAACUGACCUUUCACAUUUUACAGAAACGUAUCUUUUGUCAGUGUAAAUAAGCGCUUGUUGUCAGUUUUGUGUCCUCCAUGUGUGGAGGUCAGAGCUGACAUCUGUUAAAUGUUAAUGUUGAUUUUUGUCAAAUGAGCUUGCUCAUAAAAAAUGUUACUUCUAAAGAAACAGGAGAGUUAUUAAGAAGUGGCGUUUUGAAAUGUGAUUAAAGUGACUCGAGCAUUGUUCAGAUUAAAACAUGUCUUGUAAUAAUGUAGUCUGUAAUGUAUGCCAUCACAUGAUAUGGGUAAAAGUGUUGUGUAGUGAUUUACCCCUUUUAUAGAAAUCUGAGGGCAAGAAAGGAUGCAUGAUUUAAAGCAUCGUCUUUCUACUCCAUUCUUCCCAAAUCUCUCCAUCCCCAAAAGAUGCAAGCCUUAUAUCCUUCACCAGCAUCUGCCCAGCAAUUUACCAUUUCAAACAAAAGGAAAAAUGUGUAACCAGCAGUCUUGUACCUCUGAGUACCCAGAGGAGUGUGAAUUUAAUUUUGAUCUUAAGUGUGAAGUUAGGUGAUGACUUUUACUGCUUUGCUUAGGCUGCAAGCGUUUUAAAACCACCUAGGUUCAGAUCCUUCACUGUCCUCAACUUAACCCCUUUAAGACCAUGUUUAUAAUUUUCUAAUACUGCAAUCACUAUACUAAAGUUAUUUAAGUACAAAUGCUAUUCUUGUGUGACUCAAGCAAAGCAUUUUUACACAAUUUCCUUGUGCUGGCUUUUGCUGGGUCAGCCUCGCUCUUUGGAUUAAGUGUUUUUAAAUUGCAGUUUGAUUGGUUCCUUUUGAAUAUGCACGGUUUCAUAUUUGGCAUAAUCUCGCCUUUAGACCUUGUGGUCACUUGUUAACCCAAAUUUGUUGAACAGAAUCUGAUUAAUCUCAUUGUUUUCACUAAACAGUAGAGGGAGCCAGAGACUGAUUUGACAUGGCUGACCCAGGUGCUGGCAGUGGCAUUUAGAUAACUUCGUUGCUUUAAACAACCGCAAACAUUGUCCACCUUUGUUCCAGAUUGAUGGUGGCAGGUGUUUUGUUGACCUGAAAAUCAUUUUUGAUGCUUUCGUUUAGUUUUAAGGCCUUAGAUUGCAUUAGGGAGAGCAGUUUUGACCAUGUCUCCUAAUGCGCUUGUUUGCCUUCGGUUUCAUGUAUGUUUCAAACAAGUCUAGUAAAUGCUCUAUACACCCAGGCUCCCAGUAUGUAUGUGUGAGUGAGUGAGCGAGCAAGUGUUUGUGUGCAUGAGGGCAUAAUGUUGAGACAGGGUUUUCUUGAGCUUGACUAAAUACUGGGUGGGGUUUAUGGGGAAAGGAGAAUUUAAAUUAAGUUGCCACUGUAUAGAAAUCAAUUUGAUUACUUCUCUGUAUUUGUUUUGUUUGUUUUUUGACUUGGAAAAAUAAAAGUUUGACUAAA